GCCUAUAACGACACGUUUUUUCUUAUUUGCGCCUGCUGUGUGGGCCCUCCUUUUGAUGGAUAUGUUGGGGCUUGGCAGAGACUUGUUUCCAGAGCAGAAGGGGCGCCUUCGGACCCAGGGCGCGAACCGCAUCAAGGCAAUGCGGGCUUUUUUCUGCCAUCCACAGACCUCCUCGGACCUGCGGAAAGCGUCGCUGUGUUUACAAUUGAGCCACCACGCUGUCAGCAUGGCAAGCCAGAGCAAGCCGAAGGUGGACGACCCAAGACCACACUUCGUGAGGAUUGCGCAAGGAGACAUCCAAAAACACACGGGGGAACAUCUGAGGCGAUUGUUGCCUUUACUGUGCGUGGACGAGAAGCUCGUUGUUCCCGCAUGUUUGACGGCUUUGCUUGUGACGCAAGCGCACAUUGUCAUGCGGUUUGAUAUGUAUGGGCGCUUUCCAGGGAAGUUGUGGAUGAUGUCUCGGCGGCGCAAUCCCAUGGGCUACUCCCGAAAGUGCGAGGAAUUCUUGCAGGUGCCCGACGACGACUUAGACUUGGGCUACUCUCUGGCGUUGAAGCGGGAGGCCUGGCGCUGCAGGAGCCUCAGCGACGCAGCGAUGUGGUUGAUGGCAGAUGAAGUGCAGGAGGAAAUCGACAAAGUGCUCGGUUCCAUGUUGGCCAAUAGUCUUGACGCGGAACGAAAGAUUCAUCAGGACAGGGCGCCAGACCAUGCGAAGGCGAGGUCGUUGGCGGUAGCAUCGCGGAAUCAGCUGCUCCACCAGUACCAUGUCGAGAGGGAGCGUUUCCUGGCCUGCAGGAUGCGGGCGGCCAGACAGGCGUCUUCGUUGAAGAGAUGCAAUAUCUGGUCGCUGGCUCGGCAGAGGUGGCCGCACUUAGUCCCUCGGCCAAGGGGCUGUCGUUGCGGUGAUGAUCCGCUGCGGGAUGGUGUUCUUUCUUCGACUCUUGUGCACGAGGGCGAUAAGGAUGCGUUGCGGUCACAAGUCGAGGCGCACACAGCCGACCUGGAAGCGGAAGUCGCAGCUCGACAGGGUGAGGCUGCCCGCUUGGCCCGGCUGGCCAACGCGGCGCACGUUCCUGUGGCGCAGCGGGACUGGCUCGAGUGGCUAGACACGAACGACGGUUUUUUUAGGCACUGUCUUCGAGAAGCCCCCGUGGAGAGGCAGCAGUUUAGCCGCAGAGUGACGCCGAGGGAGGGCCUCACGGCCGUUGCCCGCCUGGGACCGAAGAUUACGAAGGAACCGCCGCUGUGGGAGCGCAAAAUCGCUCACCUACCAUCUGGGUAUGCGAUGCUGCUAUGGCAGCGCGGCGCCUCGGAACACAAGGUGUUGUGCUUCUUCUGCUGUCUAAACGGAGAGUGCCGGUACCUGCCAUUGCUGAAUUCCCGCCCAGGGUGCAAUGAGUAUUUCCUCCCUGCCCACACCGACUACGUCGCUGGCUUCCUCGGCGCCGCCUGCUUGGCGAAGACGCGCAACGUGCCCCACGACGAUGCUGCCGUUCGGGUGUACACGUGCGGGAUCGACGCGAAGGUCGCUCCGGAUGGCAUGGCCAUCAAGUGCGUGGCGCCCCUGCUGGAGCACCGCGCCCCCGUGGUUGUCCCGCGCGCGCAGGCAGACGCCGGCGCGGCCGACGCGGGCGACGCAGCAGUGGGCGACGGCUCGGAUUGCGAGAGCCUGCUGCUCAAGAUGGAGGGAGGGGCAGAGGAGGAGGCCGAGGAACUCGUGCACGACUUAGACGAGCAGGGUGCGGACGACGACGGUGACGACAAAGAGGGCGCCGACGGCGGCUCUCCUUCAGACAGGGCGCUCCCUGGGACUUGGACGCUGUUCAACAACGGCUACUUCACGCUGUCAGAGAACCCGGUGAAGUACGGGGAUAUGAAGAUGAGAUGAGCGUUUUGAAGCGGUGGCACGGCGAGGACUUCAUGGGGAAACGUGUGCAGAGAUCGAAGGCGGCCACGCUCAAACACCACGGCGAUGACGCCCUUGCCAGGGACAGGACCGCGCUGGUCCUUCGCGCUUGGAUGUUGUACAGGGUCCAGGUUAACAAGUUUGCCGAGUCCAGCCCUGCCAGAGCCACCUUCUUCUUCAACGAGCUUGAGAAACUGAAGGCCGACCUGCGGAGGAUGGAGGUGCCUGGUGGCGGAACGGGGAACGAGGAGGCAGACGGCAAGAUCCGGAAAUGGGCCCCCUUGGCAAUGACUUAGCAGCGAGGGCUGCGGUUUGGCCUGUAGGCGGGGCUCUCCGAACGUAGACGCGUGGGCGCCCGGAGGAGAA